AUGGCUAAUGAAUUCGAUCGAUACUAUAUUAAAAUUCGAACUAUUUUGGGAAUUGAUGCAAAGACAAUUCACGAAGAACUUACAACAGCAUUAGAACCUAACGCUCCAUCAUAUCGUACAGUCGCCAGGUGGGCAAACCGUUUUCGUGAAGGGAAAGAGGAUGUCAAUGAUGAUCCUCGAUCUGGUCGUCCAGUAUCCGAACUUACAGAUGAAAAUAUUGAACUAGUUCGACAAGUUAUCAACAAUGAUCCACAUUCAACUUAUGAUGAAAUUAUAGUUGAGACAUCCAAGGGGAAAAAAGCGGAUCCUGGAUCCUCGGAUCCUGGUGGAUCCUGGUGA